CAAAAUCAAAUUAGAGUGAUCGAAGAAUUUAAAGUUUCUAAGAAAAGUAAAUGUGGUAUUAUCACAUUUGUAUCCAAGUUUGAGGAAUUUGCUGAUCAGGCUGAGACCAUUUUCAAAGGCUCAGAGAGAAGAGCAGACUUGGACAAAGCUUACAGUAAACUGAUAAAAGCUGUGAAUGACACCAUAGAAAGGGUUGCAAUAGAACACCAAAAAACACCUAGAGAUGUAGUUAUGUUUGAAAAUUUCCAUCACAUGUUUGCCACUUUGUCUAGACUGAAAAUUACACACCUGGAAAAUGAAAAGAGAGAAGCCAAGCAAAAAUAUCAAGACCAUUUACAGGCAUAUGUGACUGCAUUUCUUGGUAAACCACUGGAGAAACUAAGUAAUUUUUUUGAAGGCAUCGAGGCUCGUGUCGCACAGGGUGUUAAAGAAGAGGAAGUCGGAUACCAGUUAGCAUUUAGUAAACAAGAAUUAAGAAAAGUUAUCAAGGAAUACACCGCCAAAGAGGUAAAGAAAGGAAUUGAUAGUUUGUACAAAAAAGUUGAAAAGAAUUUGUGUGAAGAGGAGAACUUAUUACAGGUUGUAUGGCAUUCAAUGCAAGAUGAAUUUAUUUGUCAGUAUAAGUAUUUUGAAAGCAUGAUAGCUCGCUGUUAUCCCGGUGCAAACAUUGUAUUGGAAUUCACAAUCAAUGACGUUUUACAGUUUUUCUCAGACAUCGCCCAAUCACAUUACUAGUCGUGGUCACAUAAAUAUUGAAUUAUAAAUUAUAACAAUUCAUGAAAUACUUUUCUGCACAGAAUGUAUUUGAAUUCCAUGCAGGUCUUAUUCCAGUUUCUUCACA